GUCUUUGUUGUUGCUGUAGGAAACAACAAACGGUUGAAAAUGCUCUUCGUUAGUGUUUCAUGGACAAAACGAAGCCUGAUAACACAAACUGAGAUUGCAGCCUGACGUGGGACCGAUGCCAAGACAAGCAGCUCCAGGAUGUUAACCCUGCAGCGGCAGUAACACAGAGGCUACGCGGGAGCAUGGAGCUCGUGUCGGUGCAGUUUGACUUUGAAUACACGGGGAAGGACGGUCGCCUCGUCUCCAUCAAGACGAAUGAAAGCUACAUCCUGCUCUCCAAGACCAACGAGCACUGGUGGCACGUCUGCAAAGACCGGCACACCAGGCCCUUUUAUGUCCCUGCACAGUAUGUGAAGGAGGUUCAGUCAGUUUCUGCGGACUCCACCGGUCUGGAGAAGAAGCUGGACCCACCUGAGUGUGAGGCCAACAGUAAGCCGGUGGAUGUGGCUAUUGUAACACCAGCUAAGACGGUUACUCGGGACGGUUCAGGAGGGAAAUGCCGCUUUUCCACUUUCGGUUUCUGUGAGGAUUUACCUGUUCUGAAGCUCUGUGAGACUCUGAAGGCAGGGCAGACCACAAGCAGAAGCAGCAGCUUUGCAGAAAACCUGUGCGACAAAGAGACAAAAAAAACCUCUGCAUCUCUUGAUGACGACAAAAUGCAACUGUAUGCAAAACCCCACCGUGUGCCAGAGGACAAAAAAAGACAGAAACAGUCAGAAAGCUCACACGAGGAAGAUAAAACACAACAACUACAGACUGUUCUGCAUAAUGACAACGUGGACUUCUCUUCGCCCCCAGAUUCACCGAUAUAUGACACCAUACCAGAGAUAAAUAUAACAGAUUUGGACUCUUUUCCUGACCUGCCUCCUCCCAUCUUUUCAAAUGACACAUGCAUGUUGGAGCAGCAGGAUCUGGGUCUAACUGCAACAGCAACUUCUUCCACUGAGGCACUUCCUAUUCAGCAGGUGGAAAAUGAAAGUCUCCGUUCAGCCGUUUAUGUCAAUGUAGCACAACUCCGCCAAAGCAUCUCAGAGUCUCCCCCGUCGGCUCCUUCGUCCUACUCUCCUUCAUACCUUGAUCCAGAGGGAUGGGAAGUGCAUGUUGACCAGGAAAGUGGACAGGAGUACUACUUUCACCCCUCGACGGGGCGCACCACCUGGGAUAACCCAUUCCUAGACUCCCCCUUGGACCCUGAGCCACCUCCGGAAGAGGAUCCCUGUUCCCCUUCGCCUCUUCAGUCUCCAGCCCUUUCCCCAUCCACCGCCUCCCCCUCGGGGUGGACCUCAGAGUGGGAGCAGUUAGUUGAUGAGGACAGUGGUCAACCUUACUUCUACAACCCGAUGUCUGGGGAGACGUCCUGGGAGCCUCCAGAGCAGCUGAGCCCGUAUCCCGCUCAGACGGAGCCCAUGAGCGUGCACAGGUUUCACGAGGAAGGGCCGCCUCCUCUACCUGAAGAGGACUACCCUGCAGGGGAUUACCCAGCUGGAGAACAGCCAGAGCCCUCCGAUAUGCUCCUUGCGACAGGCCCUCCCACCCUCCCUAAAGAGUACACCCUCAGCCAUGUGAGCAGGACCAUCAUCCCGAGGGCCAACCUUGACCGCAGCACCCACAGCGGCUGGAACCUCAAUGUGGAUCCCAGCGGGACCUGGGUGUUCACCAGUGAACACUCCCCUGAGCAGUGGAUUAAGUCGGUGGACGAUCGAGGGCAGACCUACUACUAUCUGAGGGGCGGCUCCAAGUCUCAGUGGAACCUGCCAGAGGCCCCCGUAGGUCCUGGCCAGUCCAGGAUGGAGAAUGGAGUCGAGGCAGACAACGUGUCAGUCAUCAAAAACUGGAGACACACCAUGGGACCCGCACAGCUCAGCCCAGCCCUGGACGACGGGAGAUUCGUCCCGACUCACCGGAGGAACACGUCCGACUACAGCAGCGACAGCUCCAGCACGGGAAACUCUCCGGAGACGCAGCACAACGUGCAGAACUUGGAGAAAGCAGGAAUUCUCAACAAAACAAAAGUUUCUGAGAACGGCAAGAAAGUAAGGAAAAACUGGACCCAGACGUGGACGGUUCUCCUCGGCGGAGUGUUGACGUUCCACAAAGACCCGAAGUCUACAGCGCCGGGGGCCUCGAACAAAACCAAUCAGAUAGUCCCGGAGGUGACGGUGGACCUGCGGGGAGCCACGAUUGGCUGGGCCUCGAAGGACAAAUCCAGCAAGAAGAAUGUGUUAGAGUUAAAAGGCAAGAACGGCGUGGAGUUUCUGAUUCAGUACGACACAGAGAGCAUCAUCAGCGACUGGCACAAAGUCUUAGUGGACACCAUACGACAACUGGAGUAUCAGGACCAUCAUUCAGACGAGGAGGACAGUGAGCUGUAUGAAAAGAUCGCCAUCACAGAGCGGGAUGACAAGGUCGCAGGAGGUAUUGACAAGAGAAGACCCUCCAAACCGAGCGUCACUCACUCGUCCAGCUCUGCAGGAGAGACGGAUCAGAAGAGGGUUCGGACCAAGCUGAUGAAGUUCCUCAUGAAGCGUCCCACGCUGCAGUCCGUCAAAGAGAAGGGCUACAUAAGAGAAAAUGUGUUCGGUUGCCAGCUGGCCACGCUGUGUGCACAGGAGAGGACGACCGUUCCUAGUUUUGUAGACAAAUGCAUCAAAGCGGUGGAAAGAAGAGGUUUGGACAUUGAUGGACUGUACAGAGUGAGUGGGAACCUCGCUGUCAUUCAGAAACUACGCUACAAGGCCGACCAUGAGGAGCUGGACCUCGAGGACGGCCUGUGGGAGGACGUUCACGUCAUCACCGGAGCACUGAAGCUGUUUUUCCGAGAGCUUCCUGAGCCGCUUUUCCCAUUCAGCCACUUCAAUGACUUCAUCACCGCCAUCAGGAUUCCUGAUUACAACACAAAGUUGGAUUGCAUUUAUGAGCUGGUCAGGACACUUCCGCCUUCAAAUCAUGACACCAUGAAACUCCUUUUUGGACAUUUAUACAGGUUGAUUCAGCACGGCGAGGACAAUCGAAUGACGGUGCAGAAUGUGGCGAUCGUUUUCGGCCCGACUCUGCUCCGCCCGGAGAUGGAGUCGUCCAACAUCGCCAUGCACAUGGUCUUCCAGAACCAGAUAGUGGAGUUCAUCCUGAAUGAAUAUGAGCAUAUCUUCUACUCCAGCUAGAGCAGCGGCAAGCCGACAUUGCAGACACGGGCGGACGUCCCAAAUCGUGCUUCGAGUGCUAGAUUUAAGUUCUGCAUGAACAUAAUAAGCUUCAUUGCAACACCCGAAACAAAACUCCUCUUGUAAAAAAUACAUGAAAGGGCUCUUCAAGUUUUCCUUUGUCAGAAUAUUUGAGGUUUAACCAGGUGAAAAGUAGGCGAAAAGAUCUUCAUAUGAGCACAUUUGAAGCAUGUUUAACAUCCGUCGUGUCCAGAUUUACGUCAUAAGAGGCUAACACUUAGAGAACUAGAAGGAUCUUUGGCAGUAUUGUUGGAUUAGAAGUCAAUCCUAACAGGUGUAAAACAGGUGUGGUCUAGAUUCUUGUGUUAGAGAUGCUGAGCUUGUUGUGAUGGUGGAAGAAGGACUGUGUCAAAUUGCUCUUGCUCACCUGAGCCUGCGUUGUUCUUAAUCUCACAAAGUCACCUUCUAUGUUUUAAGAUUUUAUUUUGUCUUAACUGCAGCGACGACAGAAAACCUGGACAAAUGCAUUAACGCUCUCUUUUCAAAUGUUAAACAGUAGCUUCCAUCUUUAUUUUAAAAACUUUAUUGACAUUGUUUUUAAAUUGCAGGCCCAGUAUAUCACAUGCCCAACCACUGAGAUUGUAUUCUAAUAUUGUUUUGUUUUUUUGUGAUCAGAAGUCUCAUUUUUACCUGUGAAUUUUAUUGUAAUAUAGAAAUGUAUAAAAAGAAAUAUUAAUACAAACAUCUGGCUGUGAAGUAGAUGACGACGUAGAAUACUUGGGCAACAUAUAAAGUGUAUUUUAAACCAUGCUUCAUGUGAAGAAACUGUACAAUAACUCCUUACAAAUAUAAAACUAGUCAUGCAUAUGUUGACUGUUGGCAGUCAAAACAGUGUGAUUAUGAAACAGACAUGUGGAUUCUAGAGAAGAUUUAUAAUCUGUAAAUAGGAAUAGAUGGCAUAUUUAUGCUAAAAGGUGUCGAGAGGUCACACGUUAUACAAUAAUAAAAAAUAACUUUUUAAAAAAUGGAA